AAAUGCGGCCUUAUUUACGGGCCAACUGGCAGUACCGCUGAAACCGGCGUCAAGUAACGAUCUAAAGUACGCACAAACAGCACGGCUUUUGCUGAGUUUUCCAAGUUAUUAGCUUUCUAGUCCAAAAAAAUGAACGCAGGAUACAACUGGAUGCCAUGGUCGGCGCACCAGGGAAACCCUCCGGCCGGAGUGUACGCCGGCAACGACCAGGACGGUUCGCCGAUCUUCGUGGGUCGUGCCUUCCACGAGGGUGACCAACUUCCGGCCAAGGUCCUCCCGAGCAAGCAGGCGGCUUACGUGUCCCACAACGGAUGCGAAAUUUUCAAGUCACACUUUGAGGUAUUAAGUGGUACGGGAUUCACCUGGGUGCACAGCAGCAACGGACACGUCCCGGCUGGGGCGGUGCUGUGCGGUAAUACGACCACCGGGGAGCCGCUGUACAUUGGGCGUGCCCAUCACGAGGGUAGUUUGACGCCUGGGAAGAUCCACCGCAGCCACGGAUGUCUGUACAUUCCAUUUGGAGGGGCCGAGCAGAGCAUUCUGCACUACGAGGUGCUGGUGGGACAGCAGCGAUCCAACUGGUCACACUGCUCGGCCGGUGCUCCCCUGCCGCCGGGCGCCAUCCUGGCCGGCCACGAUGCGGACAGUGCGCCGAUCUACGUGGGCCGCUGCUACCACGAGGGUGACCAGCUGCCGGCCAAGGUGAUCCCGAGCAAACAGGUCGCGUACGUGUGCUUCAACGGGCAGGAAAUUCCCAAGUACUCGUACGAGGUGCUGUGCAACGGAAACGUCAGCUGGGUUCCGUCCGGCUUUGGGACCGUUCCGCCGAACGCCGUGCUCGGGGGUCGUACCUCCAGCGGGGAGGUGCUGUACGUUGGUCGGGCGCACUACAUGGGCAGCUUGACGCCGGGCAAGGUUCACCCGAGCCACCAGACGCUGUACAUCCCGUACGGGGGCAGUGAGGUCGCGAUGAAGAACUACGAGGUGCUGGUCGAAAACUGAGUGUAUUUUUGUUGAAACCUUUUGUCAAAACCAAAUCACACCAAAACACACAUUUAGACUUCAAUAAAAGAGCUUAAAAGUUA